AAGUAGAGGGCUGGUUUAAGUCGUCUCGGUCCAGGGAUUGAGCGAGAGGAGAGUGAAGGCUGGCAGGUCGGCACUGGAGAUGGGCAGCACUGUAGGACUCCGCUCCAGUCCAAGGGCUUGGGGAUGUGGCUGGAAUGUCGCCCGACUCCUGUGCUUUGCUACCAUUUGCUGGGUGCUCGGGACUCAGAUGGAAGUGGGAGCCUGGACCUACCAUUAUGGUAACAAAUCUGAUUACUCAUGGGAGCUGGCCAGAAACUUUUGCAGGUUAUUCUACACUGACCUCGUAGCAAUCCAGAACCAGGGGGAAAUUGUUUAUCUCAACAAUGUCUUACCCCGCCAUAGAACAUACUACUGGAUUGGGAUACGAAAGAUAAACAAUGUCUGGACCUGGGUUGGUACCAACAAGGCCCUGACGAAGGAGGCUGAGAACUGGGCUAACAGGGAACCCAACAAUAAAGGGAAGAACCAAGACUGUGUGGAGAUUUACAUAAAGAGGGAUCAUGAUGCUGGAAGAUGGAACGAUGAGAACUGCCAAAAGAAAAAGAGGGCGCUGUGUUACCAAGCGUCUUGCCAGCGUUCCUCCUGCAGCCAGCGCGGUGAGUGUGUGGAGACCAUCGGGAACUACAGCUGUGAUUGCUACCCUGGUUUCUACGGGCCUGAGUGUGAACACGUUGUGAGGUGCAAAAACCUUGACCCCAGGCCUGACUGCAGUCAUCCCCUGGGGGAAUUUAGCUACAACUCCACAUGCAAGUUCCAGUGCCAGGAGGGGUUUGAACUGCAAGGGCUGGACACGUUGCAGUGCUUGGCGUCGGGGAACUGGACAGCAGCGGCUCCAGAGUGUGCAGCUGUCAAGUGCCCAGUGCUGGCCACCCCGGGCAGGGGCCGGUUAAACUGCACUCACUGGCAUGGAGACUUCACGUAUAACUCCACCUGCACCUUCUCCUGCGAGAUGGGGUUUGUGCGGAAUGGAUCGGAGACACUGGCGUGCACAGCCCUGGGACAAUGGACAGUGCGUCCCCCACUCUGUGAAGCUGUCAAGUGCCCAGUGCUGGAUUCCCCGGGCAGGGGCAGAUUAAACUGUACUCAUUGGCAUGGAGACUUCACGUAUAACUCCACCUGUGCCUUUUCCUGUGAGACGGGGUUUGUGCGGAAUGGAUUGGAGACACUGGAGUGUACGGCCCUGGGACAAUGGAAAGGGCGUCCCCCGCGCUGUGAAGCUGUCAAGUGCCCAGUGCUGGCUGCUUUGGAAAGGGGCAGAUUAAACUGCACUCACUGGCAUGGAGACUUCACGUAUAACUCCAUCACGAGAUGCCCCAAGCUGAGGGACCUAGAGCCAAUUCUUAUGAAUUGCUCCCACCCUCUGGAAUCCUUCAGCUAUGGGUCAGUGUGUCGCUUCCGCUGCACUCAGGGCUACUUCCUCAAUGGGACAAGCAGGGUGCAGUGCCAGCCUGAUGGGCACUGGUCAGACAAGAUGCCUGCCUGCCAAGAAGAGGCUGCUCCCUAUUUCAAGCAAGUCCUGCUUUACAUGGGUGGUGGAGCUGUGGCCCUUGUGGCCCUGUUGUUGACAGGAAUGUUCAUAGCUCUGCUAAUCAAGCGUCUCAGUGACAAAGAGGAAGAAAAAACACUGCUGAAUCCCACCAGUAACCUGGGAGCACCUGGUGUCUUUACAAAUGCAGCGUUUGACUCCAACUUUUAAGCUAAAGCAGAAGAUGCCCCCAGGAGAGAAGAUCACUGGAAGGAAAAGGUCCUGAAGAUGGUACUCAUGCCUCAAUCCUUUUAGAAGCUGUUUUUAUACCUUACUCCUCAGCUCAGCUCUGCCAUCAUCCAGCCCAAGAACUCACAGUCACUGACAGUCAGGGAUUAAACUAACUCUGGUGCACACAUCCAGUUCUGAUCUGAAAUCUGGGCUUGUUCUUCCUCUGACACUGGGCUUCGGUUCACAAUCCAGUUGUAUCAUGUAAAGGUCCCCAAGCAUGAGUGGUGGGUGAACUGCUGGCUCAGGGAGGCUAGCCCCCCAGUCCCACCCCUUCUACCCGAAGCCCUGCCCCUUCCAUGCCCGCCGGAGCCCAGAGACCCCCGACAGUGGCCGCUGGCCCCUGCCUCAGGCUAGCGCCCCCAGUCC